GAACACUGCGGAAGCUGUACGAUCUGCGCUUCGGGACUUUGAGGACGACCUCCACACAGGCCUGCGUUUGGAGAGCCCGGGUGCCGAGCUCGUCGUUGGCGCCUGCGAGCCUCCGGCUGGCGGACGCUUUGGGGCAAAGACAGAGAUCAUCUUGGCAGAUCAGGUUCUCGGCGUCUUUCAAAAGAUUCACGUCUUGCCCUACAAGGACACCUUCAAGUACAAUUUCGACCACAUGUACCACAAUCACCUCGUUCCGUACUUUCAGACCCAGCAAGUUGGAGAGUUCACCAAGGGUUUCGAGUUUUCCUACGAUUCCGUGAGGUUUCAGGUCGUGGGCGUGCAGCCAGAGGACUCGUACGGAGUUGUGGGACACAACACAGAGAUCUUCUAUGAAGGGCCGGAGAUCGAGCGGAAGGUUCUUGAACGCUUGCAGUUGAUUCCUUUCGAAGAAGGCCUGCCAGAUAAGUACCGGCCUAACAAGCUGUCCCUGGACGAAGCCGGCCUUUUGCGGGACUACGUGCGUCCCUACUUCGCUCAACGUUCGGCAGCCGUCCGUACAGGCGAAACGCUGCAAAUCCGGGACCUGCGCUUCAAAAUUAUUGCGACGCGGCCAUCGGAGGGCGGUGGCGUUGGCAAAGAGACGGAGCUCGCCUGCCAGGGGGUGGCCUUAAAAGAGCACUUCAAGCCUCCACCCCGGGCACAACCUAAGGGAAAGGCGGCUGCGAAGGCGGCCGCGGCUGCUUCAAGGGACGACCAAGAAAACCAGCAAUGCUUGGUCUCGUAG